AUGGCAUACUUCCUGACGUCCUACAUCACCGCUACCCCUUUCCAAAGAUACGUGCCCUCAUUCUGCCUGGCAGAUGCAGAUCCGGAAGACGCAUGCUCCAUCACCAUCUCGGCCACGGCGCUGGCCGCAUAUUCACGCCGCGUCCGGUCCGCCGAAUAUCUCGAACGCGCAAGGCAAAAGUACGCAGUCGCACUGACCCGGGUCAACGAGCUGUUGUCCAGCCCCGAAGCCGCGGUCCUCGACAGAACACUUGUCUCCGUCUUGGUGCUCGGCCUGUUCGAGGCCAUUGUCUUUGAGGCCGGCAAGUCGCCCACGAGCUGGACGGCACACACCGUCGGUGCCAUGCAGCUCCUGAGAUUGCGAGGGCCGCAGCAGUUCAAGUGCCCCCUCUCCCGUAAAAUGGUCGCCCAAGCCAGCAACAACAUCAAAACUAGCUGCAUUCAAAGGUCGAUCCCGGUGCCAGACGACUUCGUCGCGUUGGACAAGCAGCUCACACUCCUGCACGACCCCAACGAUGCCCCUGUCAAGUUGGCGCCCAUGGUUCAGCAGCUUGCCUCCAUCAAGGCAAGGGCCGUGGCUGGCCCUGAUUGCAAUCUAGUCCACGAGGCUCUGGAACUCGACCGCCGAAUUGUCGCCUUCUCCAAUGAGUGUCCCGCCUGGAUGUCGUACGCGGUCGAGCCCAGUUCUCAUGCCCCUGGCUGGGCGUAUGGCGGAGUCUGCCAUCGUUAUCCCAGCGCGUACGUCGCCAAACUGUGGAACACUGUUCGGCUUCUUCGCAUAUUUUUAGUCGUCUUGAUCAGGCAAGUCGCCUCCGGGCAGCUGGAUCCUGAUCUCGCUCGACUUCGUCUGCCCGAUGGCGAAGCCAGCCUGGCUGAUUACUUGUCCGGGCUUCAGCAGUACGCGAGAGAAAACAUAAAGACCAUCACAACGGGGGUUCUCGCCAGCAUCCCCAGUUUCAUGGAGGUGGACGAUUUCGGGCGACGAUUCGCGCCUUCGGGCAGGAGUCUGGCCUGGCCCCUGAGUAUCAUUGAGAACACCGACAUGUGCGGGGAGGCGGCCAGGGAGCAUGCCUACGAGAACUUGGAAAUGCUGGCUGGGGAUCUAAACAUGCCUCAGGCGGUGCAUCCGUCACGAUUCCCAGGCAUCAGAGAAGACUGGUGA